AUGGAAUCGCUGUUCAGGAAUGCGAUGAAGAAACCUGGCGUAUUCAAGUGCUUGGAGCUCCGGGCACCAUCUACGCGGGUGAGCAGUUCCUUCUCCGGUUUACAUUCCCGGCCAGAUAUCCUUUGGAGAGCCCGGAGGUCGUCUUCGAGGGCCCAUCUCCAGAGCACCCGCACAUCUACUCCAAUGGGCACAUUUGCCUGUCAAUACUCUACGAUGCUUGGAGCCCGGCCUUGA